AUGCCAGGCUCUCCUGACAGGGAGUCCCAGCAGCGGCAGCAGCAGCAGCAGCAGCAGCAACUCGACCCCGCUGAUGAUCUCGCUGCCGUCAUUGAACCCACAUACAGUCGCGAUGAGACACGCCCCGGCAACGACGCGCUUUCAGACGUUGACCGGCAAUAUGAAAAGAUAGAAUGCCGUGAUUCUGCCUCAUCCAGUCUGUCGCAUCCCAAGGAAGACUCGGUCGUCGACCAAACCAGACCUGUCACCGCACCACUGACAUCUGUCGUCACCGGCGCCAGCCAUGCGUCCGACACCAGCGCUGCUACGAGGCAGCAGACCAACAGUUCCCAGAAGCUUGCCAAGAAGUCAUGGUACAGCAGGCUGAACCCUCUGCGUUGGGGUAAGACCCCUCCCAUACCGGGAGAGCGCGCCGUCUCGAGGGAAUAUGGCGCAAACAUCCUGAGUCUCAUCACGUUUGAGUGGAUGACUCCUCUGAUGGUGGCUGGCUACAAGCGCCAGCUGCAUCAGCGCGACAUAUGGGCCAUCAACCCAGAUCGGGCUGUCGAGCCAUUGACGGAAAAGUUCAGGGCCUCGUUCAAGAGGCGUGUUGCGAGAGGCGAUAAGCAUCCUCUCUUCAUGGCACUCCACGAGACAUUCUUCUUCGAGUUCUGGCUCGGCGCCAGCCUGGCUUCCUUCGUUGCCAUUGCCCAGGUCCUCGCCCCCUUUACCCUCCGAUAUCUCAUCCAGUUCGCCACCGAUGCUUGGCUCGCACAACACAGCGACCAGCCCAGUCCGCCCAUCAAGAACGGUAUCGGCUUCGCCCUCGGCAUCACCGCCAUGAUGGUCUUCCAGAGUUUCGGAGUCAACCACUUCAUCUACCGCGGUAUGAUGAUGGGCGGCCAGUCCCGUGGCAUCCUCAUCGGUCUCAUCUAUGAAAAGGCAAUGCUCAUCUCGGCCCGCGCCAAGGCCGGCGGUAACCCUAAAGAGAUGACCCGUCCGGACAGCAGGGAGGGCGAGACGGGAAAGAAGGCCAAGGACAGGAAGAAGCCCGUCAGACCCGAGGAGGACGUCGCUGGCUGGGGAAACGGUCGCAUCACUAACCUGAUGAGUGUCGACACCUACCGCAUCGAUCAGGCCUCGGCACUCAUCCAUAUGCUCUGGUCCUCGCCCAUCUCCAUUGCCCUCACCCUGGCCCUCCUCAUCGUCAACCUGUCAUACAACGCCCUGGCCGGCUUCGGCCUGAUUAUCGUCGCAGCCCCGCUCCUCGCCUUUGCCAUUCGGCGCCUACUCGUCCGCCGCAAGAGUAUCAAUAAGAUUACGGACCAGCGCGUGUCUCUGACCCAGGAGAUCAUCCAGUCAGUCCGCUUCGUCAAGUUCUUUGGCUGGGAGCAAUCCUUCAUGAAGCGUCUGGGUGAGUACAGGAGCAGAGAGAUCCACUCCAUCCAGGUCCUGCUGGCCAUAAGGAAUGCCAUCAACGCCAUUGGCGUCGCCAUGCCCAUCUUCGCCUCCAUGCUGUCCUUCAUCUCCUACUCUCUCACCAACCCUGGCCUGCGCCCGGCCGAGAUCUUCUCGUCCCUGGCCCUGUUCAACACCCUCCGUGUACCCCUCAACAUCCUCCCGCUUGUUCUUGGCCAGGCCAUCGAUGCUUGGUCCUCCAUGGGCCGCAUAGAAAAGUUCUUCAUGGAGGAGGACGAGCAGGAGGCCUUCGAGCACGUCGAGUCGCUGCCGAAUGCUAUCGAGCUGCACAAUGCCAACUUUACCUGGGAGCAGGCCGCCGCUCAGGAGACCGAGGGCGACGACAAGAAGGCUGGCAAGAAGAGUGCCGGCAACGGAGCGAUCAACGCCAACAAGAUAACCGGAAUAUCCACGGCCGGUGACGACGCCACCAGCAUCCUGGCCAGUGAGCCGGAGCCCUUCAAGCUGUCUGACAUCAACCUCGACGUCAGCCGCAACGAGCUCAUCGCCGUCAUCGGCACCGUCGGCAGCGGAAAGAGCUCUCUUCUCAGCGCCCUCGCCGGAGACAUGCGCAAGACUAGCGGCGAGGUUAUUCUCGGUGCCUCGAGAGCCUUUUGCCCCCAGUACGCCUGGAUCCAGAACACGUCGGUCCGCAACAACAUUCUCUUUGGCAAGGAAUACGAUAGGGCGUGGUACAAUGAGGUCGUCAGAGCAGCUGCCCUCGAAGCCGACAUGGACAUGCUUCCCAACGGCGACCAGACCGAGAUUGGCGAGCGUGGUAUCACCAUCUCUGGUGGCCAGAAGCAGCGUCUCAACAUUGCGCGAGCCAUCUACUUUGACGCAGACAUCAUCCUCAUGGACGACCCGCUCAGCGCCGUCGAUGCCCACGUCGGCCGGCACAUCUUUGACAACGCCAUCCUCGGCCUUCUGGGCAACAAGUGCCGUGUCCUGGCGACGCACCAGCUCUGGGUGCUCAACCGCUGCGACCGCAUAGUCUGGAUGGACAACGGCAAGAUCCACGCCGUCGGUACGUUUGACCAGCUUAUGAGCGAGCACGCCAGCUUCCGGACUCUCAUGGAGACGACAGACUUGGGUGAGAAGAAGAAGAAGAAGGUCGGAGGCGACGACGAGGACGAGGACGAGGAAGCGGAGAACAAGGACGUCCCGCCGGGAAAGAGGAAGAAGAACAAGGCCCAAGGCCUCAUGCAGCAGGAAGAGAAGGCCGAGUCCAGCGUCCCCUGGUCUGUGUACUUCGACUUUGUCAGGGCGUCUGGGUCUCUGUUCAAUGCCGUGGUCGUCUUCGUCUUCCUCCUCAUGGCGCAGGGCUCCAACAUCAUGACCGGUCUCUGGCUGUCGUACUGGACCUCUGACGAGUUCGGUCUGACCAGGGACACCUACAUCGGUAUAUACACGGGACUGGCUGUGCUGCAGGCCGUCAUCAUGUACCUCUUUUCGGUCUCGCUGUCCAUCAUGGGCACGAGGGCGAGUAAGAAGAUGCUUGCCGAAGCCGUGAGGCGCGUCCUGCGUGCUCCCAUGUCCUUCUUCGAUACGACGCCCCUCGGCCGCAUCACCAACCGCUUCUCUCGCGACGUGGACGUCAUGGACAACAACUUGACCGAGGCCAUGCGCAUGUACCUCUUCACCCUGGUCAGCGUGACGGGCAUCUUUGCCCUCAUCAUCGCCUACUUCCACUGGUUCGCCGUGGCGCUGGUGCCUCUGUACUGCCUCUUCAUCCUUGCCGCGUCGUACUACCGAGCGUCGGCCCGCGAGGUCAAGCGGUUCGAGUCGGUGCUGCGAUCCAACGUGUUCGCCAAGUUUGGCGAGGGCCUGACGGGCGUGGCGUCGAUCAAGGCCUAUGGUCUGCGCCAGAGCUUCGUGGAUUCGCUGCGCAAGAGCAUCGACGACAUGAAUGCGGCCUACUAUCUCACCUUCUCCAACCAGCGCUGGCUGUCGAUCCGUGUGGACAUGAUCGGCAACCUGCUGGUCCUGGUGGUGGGUGUCCUCGUGGUCACGUCGCGCUUCGACGUCAACCCGUCCAUCUCCAGUCUGGUGCUCAGCUACAUCCUGGCCAUUGUCCAGAUGAUGCAGUUUGGCGUGCGCCAGCUGGCCGAGGUGGAGAACGGCAUGAACGCGGUCGAGCGUCUGCGCCACUACGGCACCCAGCUCGAGGAGGAGGCUCCGCUGCACACGGUCGAGGUGAGGCCGUCGUGGCCCGACAAGGGCGAGAUCGUCUUCCGGGACGUCGAGAUGCGGUACCGCGAGAAUCUGCCCCUCGUCCUCAAGGGCCUGUCGAUGCAUGUCCGGGGAGGCGAGCGCAUCGGCGUGGUGGGCCGCACGGGUGCGGGCAAGAGCUCCAUCAUGAGCACCCUCUUCCGCCUCGUCGAGAUCUCGGCCGGGUCCAUCACGAUUGACGGCCUGGACAUCUCGACGAUGGGCCUGCACGACCUGCGGUCGCGUCUGGCCAUCAUCCCCCAGGAUCCGACCCUGUUCCGGGGUACGGUGCGCACCAACCUCGACCCGUUCGACGAGCACACGGACCUGGAGCUGUGGUCUGCUCUCCGCCAGGCAGAUCUGGUCCCCGCAGACGCCGGGCCCGAGACGACGACGGCCGCCCCGACCGGCGAAAAGGACAUCGCGGCGGCCACGGCGACGACGGACGGCAACAACGACCCGUCCCCGUCACGCAUCGGUCUCGACACGGCCGUAGAGGAAGACGGCCUGAACUUCUCGCUCGGCCAGCGACAGCUGAUGGCGCUGGCUCGCGCGCUGGUGCGUGGGUCCCGCAUCAUUGUGUGCGACGAGGCGACGUCGUCGGUGGACAUGGAGACGGACGCCAAGAUCCAGAACACGAUCGCCAACGGCUUCCGCGGGCGCACGCUGCUGUGCAUCGCUCACCGGCUGCGCACCAUUGUCGGGUACGAUCGGAUCUGCGUGAUGGAUGCCGGCCGCAUCGCCGAGCUGGACACGCCUCUGGAGCUGUGGAAGAAGGAGGACGGCAUCUUCAGGAGCAUGUGCGACCGCAGCGGUAUCCGCCUGGAGGAUAUCCGGGGAGCCCGGGAGGCUAUGCUCGAGGGUGGAAGCGUGUGA